UUGCACGCAGUAAACGCGGCAGAGAUCAUCUCCUCAGAACGGCACGCGCUCAUAGCCACCCUUGACCGUCCCACAAAAUCGGAACGGAUCUGUCUGUUGUGUCUUCUCGACAGCUUGUCGCCAAUUUAUGCUCUGAUGAUAAAUUGGUACUGAUGAGAGUGAUUGAAGAAUUGCUGUUGUCGAAGCUUUAAGUUUUUCAGUGAAUUUUUUUGAGACUUUUCCUCGGCCCUUUUGGUUCUUUGGGACUUUAGUCAUAUCUUCAACGCAUUUGCUGAUUCUGUGAGACCGAAUUUGAAUUGAAAAAAAAGAUUUUGCAUGCUGUCGUCUUUUCUGUGUGGGAAGACUUGCUCCUGGCAAUUAUUUUGAAAACUGACAUAAGGAAAUGACCUUGUAUCCAGAACCUUAACGACCUUGCACAUCUGCUCUGAUUUUAACCUGUCAAAGUCAGGAAAUGCUGCCCUUCGCCGAGUCCUCCGCAGAUACCCUUGAGGACCGCGCAGUGACCCUGCGACAGGGCUGCCCCUCCACGCCCGUGCUGUGGUGAGAGCGACAUUAGAGGAGGGAGGGAAAAUGCCCGCUCAGCAACAGCAGCAGCAGCAACCGGAGACCAUGAGCCUCAAGUGGGAAAAACUUUCGCCUGCCGAGUUUCAGCAACUCCAAGAUUACAUACAAUAUUCCUCGAAGAAAUUAUCCGAUGUCCUCGAGGAAUUCAAGGAAGAAGGCCCUCUUUCGAAGUACAACCCGGAAGGGGACAUUGAUUAUGAAGGCUUUCAGCUGUUCAUGGAUUCGUACCUGGAAAUCGCAACGCCCAGAGACCUGGUCACUCGAUUGUUCCUAUCCUUCGUCAAGAGGCCGACCGCCACGCAGGCGACGCCGUCCGUCGACGGAAGACUUCUCAAGAUGGCCGCUGUGACUUCGACGACGGCGUGUGCCCCCAUCACGUCCCACACGACCGCGGGAGGAGGUGGGGGCUCUCUCCCGGAACUCGCAAAGGAGCCCCCCGCCAAAGAGCACCAAAGUCUGGCCGAGAAAUUGCACGGCUUCACGGAGAAGCUUACGUCCUCCCUGGGGCACAGGUGCGACUCCGAGUCCAACUCCAGGGGAAGAGCAGGGAGUGCUUCUGUUCAUCCUAUGGUGACGGUGACGGCCAAUUACAAUGAUCAAAAGUCUUCUGACUCCUCCCCCAAUCACAGCCAAGUCUCUAGGAACUCUUCCAGGAAGUCCAACAGCUCUACCCUAGUGCAUAAUGUGGACCUGAAACCUCUCCGAAAAGCCAGCAGUCACGUCGACGUGCAUUCUCUUCGCGUACCGUUGAAAGAUAUCGUUUGCUACUUGUCCCUUCUAGAAGGAGGAAGGCCGGAAGACAAGUUAGAAUUUACUUUUCGUUUAUACGAUACGGAUGGAAACGGAUAUUUGGACAAUAAUGAAAUGGACUGCAUCGUGAAUCAGAUGAUGACGGUUGCAGAAUACCUCGGAUGGGACGUAUCCGAACUAAAGCCGAUUCUUCAAGAAAUGAUGGUUGAAAUCGAUUACGAUUCAGAUGGUACAGUCUCCCUGGAGGAAUGGAAAAGGGGAGGACUUACAACCAUACCUCUUCUUGUGCUCCUAGGAUUGGACGCUAAUGUUAAAGACGACGGUAAUCACGUUUGGAGGUUGAAACACUUCAACAGACCUGCGUACUGCAAUCUUUGCCUCAACAUGUUAGUCGGGCUUGGGAAAAAAGGUCUUUGCUGCAUCUUCUGCAAGUACACCGUUCACGAGAGAUGCGUGCAGAGAGCUCCAGCAUCCUGUAUAAGUACCUACGUCAAAUCCAAGAAAACAUCCCACACUUUAAGUCAUCACUGGACGGAAGGAAACUGUACAGGAAAAUGCAGCAAAUGCAAGAAACCCAUAAAAUCAUACAAUGGCAUAACUGGUCUUCACUGUCGCUGGUGCCACAUGACUCUUCAUAACCAUUGUGCCUCUCAGGUAAAACCUGAAUGUACACUAGGAGAACAUAGGGAUCACAUCUUACCUCCCACAAGCAUCUGUCCUAUAGUCUUAGAACGGCAGAGGAGCGUGUCUGCAAGUCAGAAGAAGAACCUGAACCGAACGGACUCGAAUGUGGUGGGGGAUAACAACCAGGGAGCUGUAAGUUUACUACCUGAAACACCAGAAGGUUCCGCCAUGUCAUUCCAGAUCACUUCACUUCCAAGCACUCAUCCUCUUCUUGUUCUCAUUAACCCCAAAAGUGGCGGAAGACAGGGACUACGGAUAUUGCGAAAGUUUCAGUAUUUACUUAACCCUCGGCAGGUGUUUAACUUAGCAAAAGGUGGCCCAAUGGCUGGGUUACAAAUGUAUAAAGAUGUACCGAAUUUCAGGGUGUUGUGUUGUGGAGGAGAUGGAACAGUUGGUUGGGUUUUGGACACAAUAGAUAAAAUGAACUUUGCUAAUCCCCCUCCGGUAGCUAUUCUACCCUUGGGAACUGGUAAUGAUUUGGCAAGAUGCAUAGGCUGGGGGCCAGGCUAUGAGAAUGAAAGUCUUCCCAAAAUCCUCAAAAAACUUGAGAAAUCGACUGUGUGCCCCAUGGACAGGUGGAAAAUAGAGAUCAGCACCUCGGGUAACAGCGAUGAAAAAGGCGACCCCAUCCCUUGUACCAUCUUCAACAAUUACUUUUCUAUCGGAGUAGAUGCCUCUAUAGCUAUAAAAUUUCAUCUAGAGAGAGAGAAACAUCCGGAAAAGUUCAACAGUCGAAUGAAGAAUAAAAUGUGGUACUUCGAAUUUGCAACAUCGGAAACAUUUUUCGCUACUUGCAAAAACCUUCAUGAAGAUGUCGACAUAAUGUGCGACGGUGUGUCCCUUGAUUUGGCGAACGGUCCGUCACUGCAAGGCAUCGCCGUCCUCAAUAUCCCGAGCAUUUACGGCGGGUCCAACCUCUGGGGAGACAGCGCCCAGAAAAAGCGAACCAAGUCGAAACGGAAGAAAGACAGAGAGAACUCAUCCAGCAGCUUCAACUCUGUCGAUCUCAGCUCGGCCAUUCAAGACAUAGGCGAUCGCAUGAUUGAAGUGAUUGGGCUGGAAAACUGCAUGCACGUCGGUCAAGUCAAAGCAGGAUUGCGAGCUUCGGGACGCCGGCUGGCCCAGUGUUCCUCCGUUGUCGUCCGGACUAAGAAGCGCUUUCCUAUGCAGAUAGAUGGCGAACCUUGGAUACAGCCUCCCUGCACAAUUCACAUCAGCCAAAAGAAUCAGAUGCCGAUGCUAAUGGCCCCACAACCAACUCGAAAAUCAAAGUUUCCAUUCUUCUUCUUCAAGAAGAAGAAAUAACGUGCCAACUCAUCUGUCUCAUGGCCAAAGAAUUGUCUUCAACAAAAGGAUUCGCUGCUGCUGCAUCAAAUAUGUUAUCUUCACAAGUUUUACGUGAAUCUCAGAAGCUGAACUCUCAUUUCCUUUUUUCCCUCUUUUUAUCAUCAUAUUUCUAUUCGAGGUUUCACAGUCGAUGUAUGAAUAGUCGUGUACAGUGAACAUAGUUACCUUCGUCGAUAUUUUUUUUUUUCUCUUUUUCUUGUCCGAUGUACAAAAUAUAACGUAAUUGGUUUUUCUGUCUUUCCGCUGAACUUUAAGAUACCUGAGAAUGGUGUAAAUAUCUAUACAUAUGUGGUUAAAUUCGGAGUAUAGUAUAAAGUAUUUUCAUUUUAUCACAUUUCCUAUUAAUAUUAUACACAUACAUAGAUUUUAUGAUUAUCACGAAGUUUCGGUUGUCACAGAUGCUAUGGAAAACUUGAGGGAAGAAAAAUACUAGCUUGCUUUUUUUUUAAACAUGCCAUUAAAAUUUACGAUGAAAAAUUCAUAUCAGAUACAUUAAUGAAAUUUACAGGUUGUUUAACAUAAUGAAUAUGGCUAUGUCAUAACAAUGUAAUCAUACUGUGUGAUAUUGUAAAAAAAGGAACUAUUGAUAUAUUUUCUCUACAUUUUCAGAACACCCUUGAUUCUUCACUGUAAUUAAUAGACCGCACUUUUACGAUACGAUCACACAUGUUAUUACCUGAUUUCAGCACAAAUUUAGAUAUUAUGAAACAUAUUUAUUUAUGAUAACGAUAAAUUAAAGAUUUUAAAUUUUCAUUCAACUCCAAAAAUUUCACUGAAAUUUGCAUUUAUAGAAAUUCCUAAUAUUUUUUCAUCUAAAACUAGUUUUUCUUUAGAUUCUUGUCU